CGAGUAGGAGGGCUAACCAGGCGAACAUCUAUGACUGAAGUGGAAAAAACACAGCUCUAUUAGCCUAUACCAGCAGAUUAAUACAUGUCAGGAUGAUAGCCGGGAAUCGAUUAAUCAUCGGGCACGGCGGACCGGAAAUUUAGUUUUAUUUCCUGGAGGGCGCUACUUUUCUCCUCAGAUGAGAAAUGUCUCCAGCGGUGGCCAGGCGUUUAUUUGUUAUCUGAGAGUCGUCGUAGCUGACUGGCUAGCUGGCUAACUCCCCCCUACCCACUCACAACGAGCUAGCUACUUAACGACAGAAGUGUGAAAACAUACUGUAAAAAUCCGGCUUUGUCGGGCUGUGCUCAAGAGAACGACACUUAACAAUGAAUGGCCUUUCUGUGAGUGAGUUGUGCUGCCUGUUCUGUUGCCCCCCCUGCCCUAGCCGCAUUGCUGCCAAGCUUGCCUUCCUGCCCCCUGAGCCCACCUAUGCCCUCCUGCCUGAUCUGGAGGCCGGGCCUGCACCGGCCGCACCCACGGGGACGUCGGGCCUACGCCCCCGGGGAGGAGGAGGAGGAGGAGGAGGAGGAGGAGGAGGAGGUGGUGGUGGUGGGAGUUUGGUGGGGGGAGGGAAUGCCAUAGGGGAGGGGCGCUGGAAGCUCCAUCUCACAGAGCGGGCGGAAUUCCAGUAUUCCCAGCGAGAACUGGAUGCCACGGAAGUGUUCUUGACUCGCUCUAGUCGGGGUAACAGAGUGGGCUGCAUGUAUAUCCGCUGUGCCCCCUCUGCCAGGUUCACUGUCCUGUUCUCCCAUGGUAACGCAGUGGAUCUAGGCCAGAUGAGCAGCUUCUAUAUUGGCCUGGGCACUCGCAUCAACUGUAACAUAUUCUCGUAUGAUUACUCCGGCUAUGGGGUCAGCACAGGGAAACCAUCAGAAAAGAAUUUGUACGCAGACAUAGAUGCAGCGUGGCAGGCUCUACGCUCACGAUAUGGCAUCAGCCCAGAGAAUAUAAUACUGUAUGGACAGAGCAUUGGCACGGUGCCCACGGUGGACCUGGCAUCCCGAUACGAGUGUGCGGCUGUGAUUCUUCACUCCCCUCUCACCUCUGGCAUGAGGGUGGCCUUCCCCGACACUAAGAAGACUUACUGUUUUGAUGCGUUUCCCAAGUCUGUUCAUGUGUUUCACCUCACUUCCUCUACUACACAAAACACAGUGAUCACUCUGUAUGUACAAUCUUCAGAAAAAAUACACUCGACUGGUUUGUACGUAAUGACCAAAGCCUGAUUCCAACAACUCUGAUUCCAUGUUUCAUCAUGUAUUUAGGUAUGUAUUCUGUGGUUGAACACAACAGGGCUUGUUCAUUCAUCAUUCUAACCAAAGAUGACAGGUGUUGGAGUUGUAAUGGCCUCCCACUGCCAUUUGUCACCACUCAGAUGUGGCUUGGAGGAGGAGAGGGGCGGACUGGGCUGUGCAGACAGAGCCACAAAAGAUUUUUCACAAUACAGGCUGCUGUUGAAGCCGCCAGGGGGAAGUUUUGUGUAGACUGUUGGGAGUGUGUGUUCCUCUAGUGAGACACAAGUGUUUGGAGGGCUGAAGCAACACAGACUUGGAAGCAAAGGAUUGAAGAUAAGGAUGCUUUACAUGUGCAUACAGGAGGGGAGGAAGUUGGACUGGGAUGGGGCUGGAGUUACCCAGAGACUCCAUCCCAACACAUUAGCUUGGUUCGAAAUAGCAUACUAGCAAACUAUUCUUACUAUAUGGCAGAAAUUGUAAGGGUAGUAUGGAAGUAUGCUAUUCUGAAAAUAGCUAUUGAUUUAUUAUUUUCUUGUUUAAAGAAAAUAAGUUAUAUAAAUGUAUUUUUAAAGCUAUCAGAUGUAUGUACUGUAUAACAUUGUUUGAGUUAAUCUGGAUGUUUGAGAAUAAGUUUUUUAUCUUAAUGGGUUGGGAGCAAAAGUCAAUGGAGUGUUACAGUUCUAUCCUUUUAUGCAUUAUUCUAAUGUUGUUAUUAGUUUUAAAGAUGUCUUUUUCCUUUUCCAAAAUUAAUUGAAAAUAUGAGAUCAUAGAAAAUAAAAUUAUGAAUUGAUAAUAAUUGCAAAUUUCGUUUCUUGUAGCAGCGCUCAGGAUUAUCACAUUUAUACAGUGAUAUAUUUACAGCCUGAACUGGGCUGAGUUUCCCAGAAUCCUUGGGCUAUAAACAUCCUCAAGAAAAAACGUAAAACUGUCAUAUCUGCUGACCUGCAUAUUAAAUUGUGAUCCUCAGAUCCUGCAGCACAGAUACUAAGUCUCAUUGAUGAGUUAUUUAUGAUUCAAGUCACUGCGAGAAACAUUUUGAUGUUCAAGCGUGACAAAUAAUCUUCUUUCUGUUGCAGUUGGCUGUGCUUUGUUUACUCAUCAGCUAGCUGCAUUUCUCUGUUCAUCUAUGAUGUAGUUUUCUCUUCCAAUUCAUCAGCUAAUGUCAAAUUCGUGUCAAGAAUCUGGAUAUGAAACUUGCCCAUGAAAAAGCAAUAUCAGUGUGUGUUGGCGAACAGCGAGAAUAGAGUUGCAGAGGAUUUCGGCUGCAACAGAUGGGUUCUAUUAUUAUCCAUAACAAAAAAGCUCUCCAAUUAUCUGCUUCAUUUUAAUUACUACCCUGUGAGCUCUGGCAUGACCUAACCUAUCGGCAACUGCUAGUCAAGAGGCAUUUAUACGGCCUGUGGGAUUUAAGGCUUUCAGUUAAACAAACACACACUCGCAUGCGUAUUUCAAUGCCUGCUUCUGUAGUCAGGUGACAUAUAUGCAGAAAUGCACACAAGACUCUGCUUCCACAUGGAUUACUCACAAUGGUCAUUUGCUUAUAUUGAAAUGCAUCCGCUUAGUUAAACUUUUGACACCUGCUGUAGGUUCACGGAUCACAGAGACAUUAAUAUGACAAGGCCACAGCUCACAUAUAAGUGUAAGGCAUGGAUCACAUUUUAACCCUGUAAGCUCUGCAGCGGGACUGCUGAGGAAAAAAAAAAAACUACAGUCUUGACCAACACAAAAUAUGUAUAAUUUUAAAUUUUAGAAGCUGUACUGUACAAUGCAUUUAGUCGUUAUGACCAAAACUGAACAAGUGCUUUGAAAUUUGCAGACAAAUCAGAAGUGUUAAGUUUUAAUAAUUUAUUAAUAAUUUUGCACUGUACAUAUUAUUGUAAUCGGUCAAAACAUCAAACUGAUCAAGUAGCCAUGUGUCAUGUCAUUAAUAAGCUCUCAAAGAUUAGAAUUCAACCAGCCUAUUUGUUUUACUCAGGCAAAAAUAUAGUGAGUAAUAGCUAAGUACAUAUCUUUGACAUGUUUCAUGUAAACAGGUGUUGCUUAUAUGCCAUGUUUUUGCUUAUAAAUUCACUAAAAAUAAAAAGAACAUAAAGAACAACACGUAAGCUUUCCUGGAUCAGAUGACUACAUCGGAAAUGAUGUAGUAUGUUGUCCAGCAUCAUGGAAUGCUAAACCAAUCGUAUUAGGAUUCAGAUCACUGCAACCAGAGGUGGAAGUCAUCCAAAUGUGGGCAGAGGGGAUUGUUCACUCUAAUUACAUAUGGCCACCAGGAGAUGGCGCCAAGUACAUGACACAGACUCAAUAAUGGCUCAAAUGACACAGAAUGGAACUGAAUGAGAUCUCCUUACUCAUGCUUUGGAGAGAGAGCAUACCUUUAGUCGUUGUAUUUGCUUGUGAAAUUAGUUUUAUUGUUUUAUUUGUUUGGAGAGGCUUUUGGACACUUGGAGAUGUUUUUGGACACUAGGAUAAAUUAUAUUUGUAAUGCUAUAACUUUUGAUUGCUUUGUCGUAUCCAAACAAAAUUUUACUCAGUUACAGGUGAAAUGAUUGGGAACAAAACUGUUAUUUUAUGAGCUACCUUAUAUACACCCAGAUAUAUAAUGUCAAAUCAUAAGUUUUUUUUUUUGUGUGUGUGUGUGUGAUUUUUCAGCAGUUUCUGAGACUGAGAAAAUCAUAAUCUAUUCAUUAAAAGAAAGAGUAAAGAAGUUUUCUUUACAAAUACGACAAGUUCUUGACCCUGUUUGUUUUUUGUAGAGUUAGCCUUCUCUUUUGGGCAUGUCACUGAAACAGGAAAUCUUUAAAAACACCUUCAGAGCUCAGAGGGUUAGUACCAUGGCUAACAACUAAUAUUUCACCUUUGAAGAAAAUAUAAAUCUUGAUUAUCCUUUUUGUAAUUGCUGGUUUUGCAUUCAGAGUUCAUUUUCAAGUUUUGCAAGUUUUGUUAUGUUGUAUUUAUUUCAUCACACUCCAAACAUUAAGGACUGGAUGAGAAUAAGACAUGUAUCAGUAGCUGCUUCAGGAGACAUGAUUAAUGUUUUUCUACCACAGCUAUGUCAUACACUGUCUCCUGAGUUUGUAUGACAGGUUGCCUGAGGCUUGCCAGAGGUAUGUUGGGAUUGCAGGACUCAGAUCCUACCACUAGAGUGCACUCACUACACAUUCUAAAUGGAUUGAGAUGCAAUAGUUUAAAUGGAUAAUCAGACCUGUAUCAAUUAAAACUGGGAUCAUUGCAUUUUCUUAGCUCUGACACAGAAAUGUACAUAAGUGAGAGAAAGUAAGUAGAAAUCCAAUUUGAUGAUGUGCAUGACACUUCAACAUGCCAUUAACUAUUUGCAUUUGCAAGAUGUAGUCUACAGAUGGAGCUCUUUGUUUAGUUCUCAGCCAGGAAUGUAGCCUUGGGCAGACCCAGCAUGAAUGCCAAUGUUGAUGGAAAGUGCCCUGCUUGUUUGCCAUAAAAAUGCUUGGACCAUCUUUUAGAGUAACUAUCAGUGAAACCCAAAAGGCUUUACUAGCAGGGUUGCAGCUGGCCAUUUUGAGGGGAAAAGAGCUGCUUUUGUUUGGUUUUUGCAAACUAUCUAAGUGCGAGUAACAUCCAACAAACUUAUGUACUGAUAACACUAAUAAGUCAGUGCUUUGAUAUGUGAUACAUUUUAAUUGAUGUGUGCAUUGACUUUACCAGGGACUGAAAUUAGCAUCACUGGUGAAAAUCAUUAAGUUUUCACCACAGCCACAAAAUAUGUGUUGUCUCUCCAUACCCUCACUGUCAUCUGAGGUCAAAAUCUCUCCGUCUUAUUGUGCCAUUAAAGAAAUAUGUGCUGCAGUCUCUCAUAUCACUGUGAAGGGUAAGACAGCAUAAUACAAUUUCUGUUAAGUCCUCACUAAAGUUUGAGUUUGUAGAAUGUUCUACCACAUGUUUAUCACACUGCCAAACAAAUAAACAUAACCCAGCACUCUUGUGAAAAGAGGUAGAUUAGUUAAUGUAAACCAGCUAAGGUGGAUUUUACAUGUUGCAUUUAACACAAAUAGGUGUUUAAGCUUGUUUAUGUGUGUGUGUAAUGUUGUACUACAUGUUUGUUAUGAGAAUGCCAUAACCCAGUGUUCUAGUGAAAAUGUAGAUAGAUUUGCUGAUGGAAACCAUUAAUGGGGAUUUUCCACUGCAUGGUACAGCUCGACUCAACUCUGCUCGCUUUUUGGGGGUUUUCCACUGUGGAUAGUACCUGGUACCUGAUACUUUUUUAAGUACCACCUCGGUCGAGGUUCCAAGCAAGCCGAGCUUAUACUAAAUGUGACGUCAAAACCCUGCAGAUCUUUGACUGGUCAAAGAGAAUCGUCACUACUAGCGUCACUGGAUUUGCGACAUGGGACAUCAACCCGCUACUUUUAAAGUUAGCAACAGCGACAGCAAUAUCAUAUGUUCACGCAACUUUCGAAUUGUAAAAAGAAAUGGCUGUGCGCAAAACCAUGCCGUGGUCAAUAAACGAGAUGUUUCAGAAACGACGUGAAAUGAAAAGGUCUUUCAGGAAGUGUCUCAGCUGUUGGCCGAACACGGCUACCAACGGACCUACCAACAGUGUAGGGAUAAGUUAAAAAAACUUAAGUGAAUACAGAACCAUCAAGGACCACAACAGCAAGAGUGGUACAAACAGAAGAAAGUGGAAGUGGUUUGACCAAAUGGAUGCUAUCUAUGGCAAUAGACAGGCGAGCAAUGGGAGGGAGAGAACCCUGGACUCACCAUUGUUGGAGUCCAUGAUGGAGGAUGUUAUGUUUUGUUACGUUAACACUAUAUUCUGCUUGAAAGCUUCAUUUUAUCUAGUUGACCAGCUACUGGAGAGCUUGCUUUUAAAACAACCAGGCCAAUUUAACUGUUACACUUGUGUAAAAUCGCCAUGCAACAACUGCUUUAUGCAGCACAAUGAGCUAGUAGCUAAUAGCUAGCGGUCGUGUUAUUGUUUAUGGUCAGUCAUUUUUGUGUCAUGUUUAAGAUGUCACGGCAGUAGAGGCGGCGCAACUAUGACGAUCAGCCUAUAAUACCAUACACGUUGAGGCGGCACUAAACUGCAGUGGAAAAGCAAGCUCAGAAAAGUAAAGCCAGCAGAGUCGAGUCGAACCGUAACGUGCAGUGGAAAAGUGCCAUAAGUAAGGUGGAAUUUUGCUCAUUGCAUUUGGCACAUUUAUUGUCUUUAACAUUUUUCCCAAGACUUCAGAGGUUUCGGUUGCAAGGCCAGCAAUGUCAUCUGGUUCUGCUUUGCUCACAUUUAGCUUUGUUGGGUCGAUUUAUUGUGGUCCAAAUUGACCUGGAGAUCGAAUAAUUGAAGAUUCAGGGGCAGCGGGAAAAUGGGCGACACUCGUGGAUACGGUUCGCUGUACCUUGACUGAGGUCAUGUUUUUAUUCCUGCCCUGUUACCAAUAUUGGCUGCCUCUUUUGCAGUUUAAUACCAUAUGAUUUGAGCAAGCCAUGUGCUGUAGUGCACAUGUUUGAAUGCCAUCACCCCACUAGUGUAAUUAAAGGUACACUUUCCAUAUUUAAAAAGGUUUUAUAUAUAUAAAGAAAGAAACUUAAAAAAAAAAAUUGUGUAAAGUCAUGAGAUGAAGACUGAAGUCAUAUCAGGGGCAUUAAAAAUCUGUUUUAUUUUACAUAGAACAGACUGCCUCAUGGGGGUCAACAUGUUGAUAUCACAUGACCAGCCAAAUACUAGUUAUUUUUCUUGUUUCCCUCCCUUUUAUCACAUACUUUCGCUAACUGAAUAAAUGAAUCAUGGCUGACUGUGAAUAGCACAUUUCUACAGUGUCAUUGCUAACUGAAAACUAUUGCUUUUGCAUAAUGCUGCAUCUAUGUGGCUGGCAGUGAGCCAGUUUACCUGCAUAGCAAUACACUGAUAACCCCCAAAAAUCAGCUUAUAUAAAAAAUUUGACAAAGCAAGAAAACAUGAGAUCUGAAAUAAAGUUAUUCUCUGAUUUUAACCCUCAUGUUGUCUUCCGGUCAUUUUGACCCGAAAGGGAGUUUCUUUUGCCUGAAAAUGCUAGUUAAUGUUAUCCUAUUGGACUAAAACUUUCCGACUUUGCUCACACAGGGUAUCAAAAUUUCCCCCGCAACAAAAGCUUUUUUUGUGUGAGUGAGUUUUUUUUUCUUCACGUUGUUGCACUUUUGGUGUUCCCGAUAAAAAAUGACCAGCCUAUUAAAAAAUGCUUAUUAAUGCUUUCCAGUAACUUUUCCCCAAAACUAGCGGUGUAGCACUACAAAAUGCUACAUUAUGUCAAUGCAGUAAAAUAUUUAACCCAAAAUAUUUAAGUGAAUCGUUUCUCUCAGAUGGUUCAUGAAAUUAAACCGGUUAAAAUAAAUGAUUCACCAAUUCACUUAAAGAAGCGUUGGAAAGUCCAUUUCAUCUUAGUAAAUCGAUUCGUUCAGACGUGUCAUUUAAAUGAACCAGUUCAAAUAAAAGAUUCAAUGAUUUACAUGAGCCCCUGCGCAGAAGUCAAUGUGUCUUCUUUUUUUGAACCAAGAUAAAAUAUUUAUGUUCAGUGUUCAGUUUAGUAUUGUAUCAUUUUAGUUGCAUUAAGUAUACAUUUAUGUUGUAUUUAUGUUCAAUUUAACUUUGCAACCCUAAUUGAGAUCUUAAUUGUUUUUGUGCCAAAUGAAUACUGUUCUGAUUCCAGAAUUAAAAAUAAUCUGAUUACUUAUUAUUAUAAAAAAUAUUAUAUUAAAAAGAGUUUUUAAUAUUUUAAAUGUAGUUAGCUACUUUUUGUUAAUAACUUAUAGUGUUGCUAUUUGUUUUUAAAAAGUAACUCUAUCUGACUGAAUCUAGAGUAGUGUAUAGAGCUGAUGAAGCUACUGUUUCAAAGUAGCUUCCCCAACAGUGGUUGUGGGGUGUCAGAAUAUAUACAUAACAUAAACAAAAUUACUUUGUGCACCUUUAGAAAUGAUCUUUUCUGUUUUUCUAGUAACAUUAAUGCAUUUUCAAUGCCUAGAUGUUGUUCAUUAGCAAACCUAUUUGUUUUCCUAUUGUACCACGAUGCCUUUUUGUGUUUUCAACUCCAGGUUGCUAAGCAGAAAGCAUAAAUGUUUGCUAUGAUAAUUCACAAUUUAUUUCACUACUUUAAUCAACAUUAUCUUUGCACAGAAUUCAAUUUUGUUGCAACAGCAUUGCAUAGAAUGUAAAAUAAUAAUAAUAAUAAUAGAUUCUGGUACUAGAUAUGGAUGAAUAACUGCUCUUUGUCAACACAAACUCUUCGCCAUCUGGUUCUGGCCAAAGAUCUCCUCACUCCAUAUCUUUCUUUUAAACACUUAUGCACACAUACAUCAACCUCAUGUCUGAAAUCAUCUAUGUGCCGGCAACAAUCGGUAUCAGUAACAUAGAGGUUACAGAAACAAAUCAUGACAAAGGUGAAAUAUGAUACAUAAACUUCUGCCCAGAGACCAUUUAUCAUUUAAUAACAUAUUAGUGUGUGACCUUGGCCAGACCAAUACAGGAACUGGACUGAAACAUAUUUCAUGUGGAUUUAAUAUAGCUUUGAAGGCUUAACCUUGCAUCAGCAGUAAAAUAUAAUUCAGCUGCCACAUCUGUCCUUUUCAGGUAUUUCUGAUUUUCUCUCUGUGUGUGAUAAGAUUUUUUGGCAUUUAAUUAUUCUGUCUUUUUAUAACAUCACAUAUCUGCAUAAAUAAUUCAGACUUUUCAUAAGCCAUAUUCAGAUUUAUUCUCCGAUAAAGGAAAAUGUCUGAGUGAGGCAUAUUUUGGAUAGCUUUGACAGAGCUGGGACAUUCAUCCGAGUAUCUAUUAUUAUUAUUAUUAUUAUUAUUAUUAUUAUUAAACUGAAGUAACUUUUCUAAAAGUGGAUUGAAUGAUAUAACAGUGGCUAUUAGCUGCCUAGAUUGACUGUUUAAAUGAUAGCUCUUCAUAAGUGUGGAAUCAUCAUAAUUUACACAGAUAACAUCCAUUAAUUUCAUGUACUCACUCUGCACAAUUGAAAUCCCUCAUUAAUCUGAAAUAUUCCAUCUCCAUAUACAGUACUGUGCAAAAGUGUUAGGUACAUAAGGUGUUUCACAAAAACAUUUGUCUUAAGAUGGUUAUUUAUAUCUUCAGCUUUAGUGUGUCAGUAGGAAAUAUACAUUUCAGACUUCCAAACAUUCCUUUUGCAAAUAUAAAAGAACAGAAAAGAAGAACAGGGAGCCCUGCAACAGAUGGCAUGACCCCAGCAGAGCCCCCCAAUGAACAUGGAUUCAGUCUGAGAUUACAUAAAGAGACAGAAGCAGUUGAGACAGCCUAAAUAGAUAGAAGAACUGUGGCAAAUUCUCCAAGAUGCUUGGAACAUCCUAUCUGCCAACAACCAAGAAACACUGUGUCCAGGAGUACCUAUGAGAAUUGCUGCUGUUUUCAAGGCAAAGAUGGUCACACUAAAUAUUGAUUUAGCUUGUUUUAUGUUUACUGGACUUUGUAUGAUGUUAAUUGAUGUAUGAAAACUAUUUAUGGCAUUAUUUGGAAGACAUCCACACUAUGCAACAGUUUUCACAAGUGCCUAAAACUUUUGCACAGUACUGUGUAUAAAUAUAUAUAUAUAUAUACACACACACACUACCGUUCAAAGGUUUGAGGUCCCUUGCCUGAGAUGUUUCUCAUGAUCUUAAAAACCAUUUGAUCUGAAGGCGUAUGCUUAAAUGUUUGAAAUUAGUUUUGUAGACAAAAAUAUAAUUGUGCCAGCAUAAAAAAGUUUUUGAAAUGGAUGACUUGGACCAAAUAAUUAAGAAAAGCAGCCACUAAGUGCCCAACAUAGAUGGGAACUCCUUCAAUACUGUUCAAAAACAUCCCAGUGUGAUACCUCAAGAAGUUGGUUGAGAAAAUGUCAAGAGCACAUUUCUGCAAAAUCUAGGCAAAGUGUGGCCACUUUGAAGAUGCUAAAAUAUAACAGUUUUGAUUUAUUUUGGAUUUUUUUAGUCACAACAUAAUUCCCAUAUUUCCAUUUCUAUUAUUUCAUAGUUGUGAUGACUUUACUAUUAUUCUAAAAUGUGGAAAAAAUAAAUAAAAUAAAGAAUAAGUGACCCUAAACUUUUGA